CGUUAGUUUGAUUAUUCCAUUUUUUUAUUCAACAACUUUGAUUAUUUACUACAUGCUUUUAUUAACUUAUAAAUGCAAAAUUCCAAAUCUUAUUUUAUUUUGUAUACAUGUUAAUAAUAGAGUAUAUUUAUUUCCCCUAGCUUAUAAUAAAUAUUUCAGUUUAACAGUUUUCACUGUUUCAGAUACAUUUUUUUUGUAAUAAAAAUAAUACAACUGCAUAUCCGUGUAUAUAAUGAAAUAAUACUUUAACUUGCGCAAUAUAGCAUUUAAUUCAUUAUAGUGCACGUAAUAGUAAAGUUUGAACCAAUCUUUAAUACAACUACGUAAUGGUUAUGCGGUAAAUGAAAAUAUAAAAUGCUCGAGGAUUAAAAAUAUAAAUAAAACCUUUAUUCUUCUAUAAUGUAAUAACAUAAAUUGAUUAAAAAAAUUACUCAAUCAUGACUUCAUUAGGCAAAUCUUUGUUUCUACUAAUAAAAAUGACUACUUCUGUUUGCAAAUUGUAUAAGAGACCAUUUACAGUAUGCAUAGAGGGUAAUAUAGGAAGUGGUAAGACAACAUUCUUAAGUCAUUUUAAACAAUUUAACAAUACAACCGUUUUACAAGAACCAGUAGAACUUUGGAGAAAUGUUGCUGGAACAAAUUUAUUGGAAUUAAUGUACACAAAUCCUAAACGCUAUAGUUUCUUAUUCCAAUCCUAUGUACAAUUAACAAUGCUGCAACUUCAUACUUACGAAUCUGGAAUGCCUUAUAAAAUUAUGGAAAGAUCAGUAUUUAGCUCGAGGUGCUUUAUAGAAAAUAUGAAACGUUCUAAACUAUUACAAGAUGUGGAAGUAGUGGUCUUAGAAGAUUGGUAUGACUGGUGUAUGCAGAAUGCUAAUAUAGUAACGGAUUUAAUAAUUUAUUUGAGGACAUCACCGGAUGUUGUAUAUCAGAGAAUGAAAACAAGAGCGAGGAAAGAAGAAAAUUGUGUAUCAUUAGAAUAUUUACAGCAAAUUCAUAAUAUUCACGAUGAGUGGCUUUAUCAUCAGACACUAUUUAGUGUAUCAGCACCAGUUUUAAUAAUAGAUGGAAAUAAAAGUUUACAAGAAAUGGUUGCACAAUUUGAAAAUUGCAAAGAUUUAAUUUUUGGUAAAAAAGGGGAAAAAAGAAAUUAGGAAAGAAAAAAAAAUAUGUUACAAAUGUAUAGAGAGAAAGGAAAAGAGAUAAAGUGAAUCAUUUUAUAAUGGUUAUACAAUAUGGCAUAAUUGUACAUUUAAUAUAUAUAUUAAAUAAUUACAUUUAAGAAAAAGAUGGAUUUCUGAACACUAAACAGUGAAAGAUUAUACAUAGUUGCUAAUGCAAAACUGCAGUUAUCUUAAGCAAAGCAGCAAUCGGCGGAUGAUAAGCUACGCUUUCGUGGGCAAAUGGAUAUCCUAAGAAUAAGAUAUUUGGUCCUGGAAAAUAUAUAUCUACAUAACCGUGUCUGUUGCGACUCACGGUACUAUCCGUGACUUUGUCCUCAGCUUUCCUUGCCCAUGAAACGCCCACUUAUGCUGCUUUAUAGUGAUAUUUGCAUUAAUUGUAUGUUGUUCUACGAUAACUACAUGCAUAAUUAAGAUUAAUGUUAUUAUAAGAUUAGAAGAUUAUAUUAUAGGAUUGUAUUACGAUAAAUAUUAUAUUGAAUUCGUUAGAAUUUAUUUAUUAAAACGAUUCUUUAAUACAAUAUACAUUACAGAUAAAAACA